CACAGAUUGAUGCCUUCCAUGUCAGUACAUAGUAACCACUUCAACAAUAAUAAAUACACGCAAACGUUUGGACUGGGUUUUCCAUGGAUGUUAAUUGAAUGCUGGGCUGAUGAAAUGUUUGUUGUUUUCAUUGAGUCAAGACAUUCAACAACGGGUAGCUAUUGACUUUGUAGAACUCUAUUUGAUGUUUCGAACUUGUGCUGUGUUAGUAGUUUUUUGAAAGCAACAUUAACACACGCUUUGAUACCUAUGUCUAGCUAUUUGGUGGUUCCUUUUCGGAAACAUUACCAUGGAUAAUCCGAUUGUGUCCAGGGGUCAUUGUGAUGACGAUAAAGAGAUAGCGGAAGCGAAUUGUCACACUCAGACACGUUCACUUCACAGUGAUAGCUGCAGUCAUCUGUAUGGUGCUCAUGAAACGCAGGUCUUAGAAAAUGGAGAAGUUGAUUUAAAAACUUAUUUGAAUAAUUGUAAGAAGAAUCCUGGUCAUACUAACUUUAUAUCCUUAGACCAGUUUAAUAUUACACAUCUACCCGAAGGAUUCAAUGACGAAGAUUUAUAUCGCUUCACUAGAGCUCUAGCAGACCUCACUGUGAGGGUGUCGGUUCAAAUGAUCAGCCCGCUUCGUCCACAGUUUUUGCCUGGCACCAGCGUCCCGUACCCAUUUUGUAAUCAGGGAGGCGUGACCUCAUUGAGGACCGGAACGGGCGUGAUGUCUUCUGUGGAAAAGUACUCUAGUGGACUCAGGUCAGAUAGGUGCUGGCACUGGAAGAACGCGACUCACUGUUGGUGCAAGGACUGCCAGCGCUCAAGCUCACCCAGCAAUGUUUGGUGGGAGAUUGUGGUCGAGACGGCCGCGCAUGUCGUUUACAAUGACACCGAGGCGAGCCACACGUCACUCAGGUUGUUUUAUGACACAGACAAGAGCCUGGUGGUCACGCUCGACACUGUCACCGCCCUCUUUGUCAAUGUUGAGAGAGACACGUGUGCCCUGAACUGCGCCACUUGCAACAAAGACCUGGGCGACCAACUUGAAAAAGUCAAGAAGACAUUUUUCAACCUCCUUAGUGACGUUUAUAUAAAAUACCGUAAAUCUAGGGACGAGAAUAAACUGGCCAUUAUAGUGUCACACCCGCACGGGUGCCCUAAACAGGUCAGUAUAGGUCAUUGGCUGAAAAAACACUUGGACAAUAACAAAGAAUACUUGAAAUUUACCUACACAGCAUCUACAUGCCCAGGAAGCAGUGGCGCUAUUGUUUAUUGUGUUGGCUACGGAUCGUGGUGGAGGUACCAUCUUAUCCACAGCGGGACCAAAGGCAGAGAAGAGAAUUACAGUGGAAUGAGUUCAGUCUCUAUUUAACUCUUUAUAUCCGUCAUUAUUUUCCACGUCCUGACAAAAUUGUUCUUUUUUUUUCAUAUUUGUACAUUCUACUCUGUUAUUUGUACAUUCUACUCUGUUAUUUGUACAUUCUACUCUGUUAUUUGUACAUUCUACUCUUUGUACAUUCUACUCUGUUAUUUGUACAUUCUACUCUGUUAUAAUCAAACUUUGUUUGUCACCAGAAAACAUUACUUUUGGUGUAUAAUUGUAGGAGAAUGCAUGCUCUUUAUCUUUAAAAUAAAUUUAAGUUUAUAAAAUGAAAAAAAUGAUUGAAUUUCAUGGGGUCAAUUCAAGAUGGCAUCGUUAAUUAGGAGAGAAAGAGUUAAGUCAUGAGGCGUGAUGUUUUCUAUAACUAAUCACUUUGCUCCUGCACAGGAGCUUAUGGUGCGCACCAGUGCAUUAUUCAACACCGGAUAUGGACGGAAGGUGUACAUGAGAAAAAAGAGAGUUGCUUCCUGUUCAAGUGAAAGGAGAAACCACUUCUUAGGCAAGAACACGAAAGGACAGGUCAGCAAGAUGAAAAACAGUGGAGGUGCUCUGUUGGGGUCAGGAAGUUCAAAGUUGUUACAGAAAGAGUAACAAGGGACGUUUCUGCUGAGUCGUUUGGGGAGGUAACCUUCAUAGAGGCAAGCGGUAGAUAGAGAGUGACACAGACAGUAGCCAUGUGGUAAUGGCAAUGGCGAUAGAGGCGUCAACUGUCAACUGUAGGAAAGGGAAUAUAGAGAUUCUUAUUAUGAUCUGAGCAUAUGUGAUCACCUCACAGUCUCUAACUAUAUUUCUAAACAUUUCUAUGUUGUAAUUUAAGUCUUAAUAUUCAAGACUAAACUCAAAAAUCUUAAUUACAAUAAAAAUUAAUUUUGAUUUAAGAAAUCCCAAAAAGAGACUAGACUAUAUCUCUAGAUGUUUACUGUAAGUAGAAGUAAAAUUCUCCUUUCAGAAUUUGAGAUUUAUGAAGCAGAUGAUUUGAAGGUCAUCUGUGUCUGUGACUCACGGUUAAUGAGGGUGUUAUGUGGCCAGCACAUAGACCAACCGUCUUUUCUUUCCCCAGCUAAUGUCAGGUAGCCAUUAGAGCUGGGUGGACUCAGAGUCGCCCAAAAAAUCCCAUUCAUCACAAGAAAUUCGAACCCGGGACUCCGGUUCAGAUGCCAAGCGCUUUACCGCUUUACCGCUCAGCCACAGCGUCUUCAAGGUUUACUGAAUUUUCUUAUUAUUUCUUUGUCUCUAAAUUUUGCUUUCUUGAUACCUUUGUUUUGGUCAGUUUAAAGUUGUUUCAUUUUUCAAAAAGUUUUAGAGAAAAAAAAGGGGAAACAACAAAGCCUAUUCUUUGGUCGACAGAUUUAGUUGCCUAUCUUUAAUAAAUGUUGUCGCCAUGUUUAUGUUGUUAAUAAUGCUUACUGUUUUGUUUUUUUUAAACCUUCUUUGCUUCAUUGUCAAAUUGAUAAUAUUGAACUUAAAGUGAAUAAAGUAGUUUUGAAAAAAAAAGUGAAUCUUUUGAAAACGCAAUAGACAUUCUUACUAGUUGUUAUCAAAGAAUUAAAAAUGGAUGAAUGUGAACAGAAGGAGCAGACCCCGAAGUCUUGAUGUACGUAAUGUCGGUAA